AUGGGAGACAGGUCAACACUGGCAAAGGCAAAAAAAGAGCUUGAAGAACUGUAUUUAGGAGUCCCUGAUGACUCUGUGAAUCAAACUUUUCAAGAUCUUGCUGAAGUUAGACAACUGCAUUCAGAAGAGAAAAAAACCCCACCAAUGGAUCCCUUCUCCGUAUCCCGUAGCAACCAGAAAAUCAAUGCUAUAACUUUAGCCAAAAUUCCCAGCCUGGAUUUCAGCAAAGCCCUCGAAUCUUCGUCCAUCCAACAAAAUCUUCCACGGUCACCCCAUCACGUUGUCCGAGAUAAUCACCAUGUAUCGAGCCACCAUCGUGCGGACGAGGGCGAUUUGCACUGUGUACGAGGUCAUCAUGGUGUAUAUACUAAUGGAGAAACUCUUCCUCCUCAUCAUCAUGGUAGAGGUAUGUGGAAGAGUUUAUUGCUGGCAAUGUGUGAACAUAUUGGCAUGGGAGAGAUGGCAGAAGGUCGAAAGUGCAUAGAAUGCUUGGGUAGAAGAUUUAGUCAAAGGCAUACUAUAUCAGUUGAUAUAUCAGCAAUUAAUGUUCGUAUUGUCAAUUCGAGCGCAGAACAAGUAGGAUCCGGUUCACCUGUUUACCUCGCUGCUGUUCUUGAAUACCUCGCUGCGGAGUUAUUGGAGCUUGCUGGGAAUGGUGCAAGAGAUAACAAGAAGAAUCGGAUUAUUCCAAGGCACAUCCAGUUGGCAGUGAGGAAUGAUGAGGAGUUGAGCAAGUUGUUGGGUUCGGUGACAAUUGCGAAUGGUGGUGUUCUGCCCAAUAUUCAUCAAACAUUUCUUGGUGUAGAGCUUGGGAUCAUCCAGUUGGCAGUGAGGAAUGAUGAGGAGUUGAGCAAGUUGUUGGGUUCGAUGACAAUUGCGAAUGGUGGUGUUCUGCCCAAUAUUCAUCAAACACUUCUGUUGAAGAAGACUAGUGGGAAGGGUGAAAUUGGGUUUGCUUCACAAGAAUUUUAG